GGAGCGGGGCGCUGCGCCACACGGUGGGGCCGGAAAUUCCCGCGGCCCGAGUGGAGGAGCCGAAGCCGAGAGCGCGGCACCGCCUUCCACCUCCCCGGGCCGGGCGGGGGCGUCGGGCCCAGCGAGGGCUGGGCUGGGCUGCUUGAGUGGGGGCGGGGGGCCGCGUCUGCGAGGAGCUGCGGCGCGGGCGGGCGGGGAGCGAGACGACGCUGCUGCUCGAGAGCCGCUCGGCGAGCUAGGAGACCCUGCGCCCCGGCUCCUGGGCCCCCGCCCCCUCGCUGUCUCCGCCUCCUUCCCUCACACACCCCCGGGCCGCCGGAGCCCCAGGCCUUCCCGGCGCUCCUGCUCCUUCUCUUCACAUUCGCCCUCCGACCCGGUCCUCCAGCCGCCCGCCGGCCUUGCUUUGCUCCCUGCCGGGCGAGUCCUCGUUCUCAGACUCUCCUUACACACACACACACACACACACACACACACACACACGCUUGCCGAGCCGCCACUCCUCACGGCCCCCCAUCUCCUCGUCCUAGCUGACGCCGCCGUCGGGGGAGGAUUGAUGUCCCUUCAGCAUCAUGCAGCCGCCGCCGAGGAAGGUGAAAGUUACACAAGAACUGAAGAACACUCAAGUUGAGCAGAUGACAAAACUUCAAGCCAAACAUCAAGCAGAAUGUGAUUUACUUGAAGAUAUGAGGACAUUCAGUCAGAAGAAGGCUGCCAUUGAAAGAGAGUAUGCACAGGGUAUCCAGAAGUUGGCUAGUCAGUAUCUGAAGAGAGAUUGGCCUGGAAUAAAAGCUGAUGAACGGAGUGAUUACAGGAGCAUGUAUCCUGUUUGGAAAUCUUUUCUUGAGGGAACAAUGCAGGUAGCCCAGUCUCGGAUCAAUAUAUGUGAAAACUAUAAAAACUUCAUUUCUGAGCCUGCAAGGACAGUGAGAAGCUUAAAAGAACAGCAACUAAAAAGGUGUGUGGACCAGUUGACAAAGAUCCAAACUGAAUUACAAGAGACUGUGAAAGAUUUAGCUAAAGGCAAAAAGAAGUACUUUGAGACUGAACAGAUGGCUCAUGCAGUACGAGAGAAAGCUGACAUCGAAGCAAAAUCUAAACUUAGUCUUUUUCAAUCAAGAAUCAGUUUACAGAAAGCAAGUGUAAAGUUAAAAGCCCGGCGAUCUGAAUGUAAUUCUAAAGCUACCCACGCAAGAAAUGAUUAUCUUCUUACAUUAGCAGCAGCAAAUGCACACCAGGAUCGCUACUAUCAAACAGAUUUAGUUAACAUUAUGAAGGCUCUUGAUGGAAACAUAUAUGAUCACCUGAAGGAUUAUUUAAUAGCCUUCAGCCGGACUGAGCUAGAGACAUGCCAAGCUGUGCAGAACACAUUCCAGUUUUUAUUAGAAACCUCCAGCAAGGUGGUACGGGACUAUAAUCUUCAGCUGUUUUUACAAGAGAAUGCUGUAUUCCACAAGCCCCAGCCCUUCCAGUUCCAGCCAUGUGACAGUGAUACUAGCCGACAAUUAGAAUCAGAAACUGGGACCACAGAGGAGCACAGUCUAAACAAGGAGGCUCGAAAAUGGGCCACCCGUGUGGCACGUGAGCACAAAAACAUUGUUCACCAACAAAGGGUUCUAGAUGAUCUGGAAUGUCAUGGAGUUGCAGUGUCAGAACAAAGCCGGGCAGAGUUGGAACAGAAAAUAGAUGAAGCUAGAGAAAAUAUUCGUAAAGCAGAGAUAAUUAAGUUGAAAGCUGAAGCCCGGCUGGACCUGCUAAAGCAGAUCGGUGUUUCUGUGGACACGUGGCUGAAGAGUGCAAUGAAUCAAGUAAUGGAAGAACUGGAAAAUGAACGAUGGGCUCGCCUUCCUGCAGUGACCAAUAAUGGCACUUUACACUCGCUUAAUGCAGAUCCUGAAAGAGAAGAAGGAGAAGAGUUUGAAGACAACAUGGAUGUUUUUGAUGACAGCAGUUCCAGCCCAUCUGGCACCUUAAGAAAUUAUCCACUUACCUGCAAAGUUGUUUAUUCCUACAAGGCUUCUCAACCAGAUGAGUUGACCAUUGAGGAACAUGAGGUGUUAGAAGUGAUUGAAGAUGGAGAUAUGGAAGACUGGGUAAAGGCUCGAAAUAAAGUUGGCCAAGUGGGUUAUGUGCCAGAAAAGUACCUACAGUUUCCCACCUCGAACAGUCUACUGAGCAUGCUGCAGUCCUUGGCUGCUUUGGACAGUCGGUCCCACACAUCCAGCAAUUCCACGGAGGCCGAGCUCGUUUCAGGCAGCCUCAACGGAGAUGCCAGUGUCUGUUUCGUGAAAGCACUUUAUGACUAUGAGGGCCAGACAGAUGAUGAAUUAUCCUUUCCUGAGGGAGCAGUCAUCCGAAUCUUGAACAAAGAAAACCAGGAUGACGAUGGCUUCUGGGAAGGGGAAUUCAGUGGGCGGAUUGGAGUUUUCCCAUCGGUGCUAGUGGAAGAACUUUCAGCCUCAGAGAACGGUGAUACUCCGCGGGUGAGAGAGAUUCAGAUCUCUCCUUCUCCCAAGCCACCGGGCUCCCUGCCUCCACUGCCGUUAUAUGACCAGCCUCCCAGCAGCCCUUACCCCAGCCCAGAGAAGAGGAGCUCCCAGUACUUCCCACGCUCUCCUUCAGCAAAUGAAAACAGCUUCCUUGCCGAGUCACCGGGAUUCUCACGGGCACCACGGCAUACUCCUGAGACCUCAUAUGGCAAACUGCGACCCGUCCGGGCAGCUCCCCCUCCACCUACACAGAACCACCGAAGGCCAGCAGAGAAGAUUGAGGAUGUAGAAAUCACACUGGUGUGAUGAUGGGUUUACCCAUCCAUUACUGCUACAAUCAAGGCCAGGCUUGGCGUUUGGCCAUUCUUGUUCUUUAGGCACCUUUGCAUGAUGAUGACUCUUGAACAGAGUGAAAACAAGGAGGAUUAUGUGACUGGGUGGCCUGGUGGACUCCUCCCACGUUUUGAAUAUUUUGUGCCUUUUUUUGUUGUCAUUUUCUAGGUCAUCUCUCCUACCAUAGCACAAAUCCUAGUGGGCCCUAGAAACAGAGGGGGACAGCCCUCAUGCCUGUCAGUGGCCCAUUUUUAUAUGAGACUCAAGACCAGGCCUCAUUCAGGGCACAGUCACAGAGAAACUGAUCAUGUGCACUCGUACAGUAUAUUACUGUGGCCACAAGGAUGUGGCAAAGAUCCUCAUCUUUCUUCAAGUGGCUUUUGCUCGUCUGAUUGAGUUUAAUCAGAUCAUGUCGGCUGCAUAAGGAACUAGAAGGAGGGAUUUCAGGAGGGGCUGGCUCCUCCCCACAGUUAGUCCCCAGACUGAGAAAGUGAAACCUUACUGGGAAGAAGUGGACCGCCCUGAGUUUAUGCCAGUUGCUUUAAUGCACAUCUCUUCCACAGCUAACAGAUUGAAAACAGUAACAGUGUCCUUUGUAUUAAUAUUUACGCCAUUCAUUUAGUGUUAGUGGAGCUAAUAUGGAGGGGCUGAACCGAUAGCCAAAUCUUGUCCAUCACGUAGACUAAUAGAAAGGAGGCUGAGGCUGAAGCAGAAAUGGAGCUUCCAGAUCUGAAAUGAGCCAAUUUAAUGUUCUUUUUGUAUUUGGGUAUUUUUCAUCUUAAUUUUUGCAGCAUAUAUUCUUCUGACCAACAUCUUUAGAAUCUGAAUGUCUAGAUAAAUUGGGGACACACACUUGCCUUGUUGAGCUUCUCUCCUGGGGAGGCCCCUCAUGUUGUUUUAUUCCCAAGCCGGUGCACGAGCCCAGUCAGCCAGCCUGUGGCUGCCCGAGACGGGUGGCCACCCCCCACAGGGUCCCCCUGGCCUGACAUUGCCUUGGGAGGAAGAACCUGUGGCUCAUGGAGGAAACCAGCUUCCUGUGAAAAAGGACUAAAGGACUGCACACCGUGCACAAGUGCAAACGGACAAGGAAAAAACAAGUUCUCCAUGUCACAAGGAGAGCCAAGAGUAGUGUUCUCCACAGGCUAGCGAGCUCACGGUGGCAGGUGGCCCAGAGUAGGUCUCUGUUGGCGGGCCACCUCCUGUGGAAGAACGGGAGUGCCGAACCCAGGGACAAGGGCUUUUUUUUUUUUUUUUUUUUUUUGCCAGUUGCGGUUUUUUUUUUUAGAAAUCAGAUUUGCAGAAUUCAAUCUAAAAGUUGUAUUAUGCUUUGAAAACUCCAUCCCUCCUAAGAAUCUUUAAAAACUUGAAAUGCUCGCCAAAUGUCCCCAUGGGAUUUUUGACCAAAUGUCAGGUUACAACUGAAGAAAUCUUCAGUUAGUCGUUUGAUCACUUCAGUGACAGUACCCAGUGACAAGUCUUCUCUGUGAUUUGGGGUUUUUGUUUUGUUUUUUUGCAUUUCUUAACCUGUUGAUCUAUUUGAGGUCUUUUUGUGUUUAUCAAACUUAUUCUUAAGUUUAAAAAAAAUUAAAAGGGUGGCUUUUUUAAGAAUUUAAAGUUCUCUGACAAUUUAAAAAUCUUCAAAGCACUUUAAACAAUCUUCCAAGUGCUUGAAUCAGGCCGUUCUCGCUACCCAGUCUUGUCUUCUCUCUUUAGCUAGCCAAAUUGUCCUUGAAUCUGGAUUUUCCACAUUCUCAGAGGUUAUUUGAAAUCUUUUGUUAUAUUUUAAAAUAUUUUUUGGAAGAGCUGCUGAUUUUAUUUUAAAAAAAAACAAAAGUUGUAAAAAUAUGCCUCCUUUUUAAAAAGAACCCCUCCCUCCAGGACAUGUAAUCCAGCAUCACAGUGCACAGGGCCAGGCUCGGAGGGAGUGCCUCUGUGCAGAUGUGCUUUCUUUACAGUGGCUGUAAAAAGUUUGUAUUUAUUAUGUAUAAAAUGUUGAAUAAUAAAAAAAAAAUGGAAUUAA